AUGUUAAGUAUCAUCAAAUAUAUCAGCUGUUUCUUCGUAAUUUUGUACAGUGUUGUCAAAGAAAUCUUUAAAAAAAUUGUCCCAUCAAAGCCUAAGAACAUAAGCGGGAAGGUAGUGCUGAUAACCGGGGCAGGUGGGGGUAUUGGAAGGCAACUGGCCCUCAAGUUCGCUGCCCAGAAGACUAAACUGGCCUUACUAGACAUUGAUAAAGCGACAUGUGACGAGACGGCCAGCCAGGUGUCGGCCCUGAAUGCCCCCUGCCACUCGUACGUGUGUGACGUUUCCAAGAAGGAGAAUGUGGCGAGGGUGGCUCAGAUGGUUCGCAGGGAUCUGGGGGAGGUAGACAUCCUUGUUAACAACGCCGGAGUCAUCAACUAUAAGAACUUCAGGAACCAGACUGAGGAAGAUAUCAAAAGAAUUGUCAACGUCAAUUUGAUGGCCAUGUUUUGGACAAUCCAAGAGUUCCUGCCAGAGAUGUACAGAAGAAAUGAUGGGCACAUUGUUAAUGUGUCUUCAGUGGCGGGCUGCAUAGGCAUUGGAAACAUGGAAGAUUAUACAGCCACAAAGUAUGCAGUGAGGGGCUUGUCCGAAGCCCUGGCACACGAGUUCAGCCACAAAAUGACCAACCUGCACGUCUCCAUCGUGUACCCAACUGGCGUUGACACCCCCUUGGUCCAUAGGUGCAUUCCCGAUAAAGACAUGUUAUUUAUGUUCAUGUCUCCCGAGAAAGCCGCGCAGAUAAUACUGGACGGUGUGCUGACCAACAAGUUACACAUCUUUGUGCCCAGCCACCUCUGGUUGGUAGCGGCACUGAACAAGUUAGUUCAGCAACAAAUUCAACACGCAGCAUUUGUUUCCAUCUAA